AUGUUUUCUUCAAUCAGUCCGGUUGUUGAGACAAUGCGGCGGUGUGUUUAUUAUUGCAUGCGUCCACAACCACUUUCCUUUCCUGCCAUAUCACGUGCACUGUUAAAACUGCCCGAGUGGAGGGUAGACGGAAACAACAGCGGUAUUAUCCACCGGGAGUUUACUUUCAAGGAUUUUUCGGACGCCAUUAAGUUUAUGAACGCGGUGGCUGUUGAGUGUGAGGCCGCAGGGCACCAUCCUACCUGGGAAAAUAAGUACAACAAGGUUUCCGUCCGGCUUACAACACACGAUGCAGGGAAUAGGGUGACGCAGAAGGAUAUAGACCUGGCUCUGAAAAUGAACGAGGCCUUCGAGCGAACUUUGACGAACAACUGA